AAGCCCAUAGCCCAUAAAAUCCUAAGCCCCCAAAACCCUAAUUUUCCCUUGAACACUCUUGGCAUAUAAAACCCUAACCCUAACCGCUCUCAAUAUCUUCUGUCGUCAGUUAUCUCUCUCACUCUCUGCAUCCCUCCAAAUCCUAAUCAAAAGCAAAAAUGGCAGAAAGGGGCGGAGGAGAACGUGGCGCUUUCAGGCGUGGCUUUGGCGGUGGCAGAUCGGACCGUGGCCCAAGAGGCAGGCGUCGUGGCCGCAAGGACGAAGAGGAAAAAUGGGUACCCGUCACAAAACUCGGCCGUUUAGUCAAAACUGGAAAAAUCACAUCCCUCGAACAAAUCUACCUCCACUCUCUCCCUAUCAAAGAAUACCAAAUCGUCGACCAACUCGUUGGCCCUUCCCUGAAAGACGAGGUCAUGAAGAUCACUCCAGUCCAGAAGCAAACACGUGCCGGCCAGCGCACGCGUUUCAAGGCCUUCGUCGUCGUUGGCGAUGGAAAUGGACACGUUGGAUUGGGUGUGAAGUGUAGCAAAGAAGUUGCGACGGCUAUAAGAGGGGCGAUAAUAUUGGCUAAGUUGUCAGUGAUACCGGUGAGGAGAGGGUACUGGGGGAAUAAGAUCGGGAAACCUCAUACGGUGCCGUGCAAGGUUACCGGGAAAUGUGGGUCUGUUACUGUUAGGAUGGUCCCUGCUCCUAGAGGUGCUGGGAUUGUGGCUGCUAGGGUGCCCAAGAAGGUGCUUCAGUUUGCUGGGAUCGAAGAUGUUUUUACUUCUUCCAGGGGUUCUACAAAAACUCUUGGUAACUUUGUCAAGGCCACCUUUGAGUGUCUUCUGAAAACUUACGGUUUCUUGACUCCUGAUUUCUGGAGAGAGACUCGCUUCACAAGAUCUCCUUUCCAGGAGUAUACUGAUCUGUUGGGUAAGCCAUCGAAGACCCUUGUACUUGAAGAUGGGGAAAGGGUGGAUGUAUGAUGGAGAUGUACGAGUAAUUAUUAAGACGUGGCUUCAAUGCCUAAUUUAGUAAUAUGAAGUUCCUUUUAAGUUGUUAAGAGGAUGCUGCUAUCUUCACUUUUUCGCCUGUUCGGUUUUGUCAAUAAGAUAUUCAGUAAUUGUUCAGCAACUGCAGUUUUGUUUUUCACUAUCUGGAUUCUUUAUAAGAUUUCGGUUACAUGAGUUAAAGUC